AUGGAGGAGACCAUCCCAACAGACCCCUCUCUAACAUACAUGAAUACAACAUAUCCAAAACCUGAAGAAUACAAUUACAUUUGGUGUAAAAUUCCAAGAUAUGGCAUCCUUAUAAUUGGCUGUGUCUACACUUGCAUCUGUGUGUGUGGGCUUGUGGGGAAUGCGGCGGUCCUGUGGCUCCUGGGCUUCCGCAUGAAGCGGAAUCCCUUCACCGUCUAUGUCCUGAACCUGGCCGUCGCUGACUGCUCUCUGCUCCUGAUCCUGCUUGCAAAAUUUACACUCUACUUUAUUGAAUGGGUCUAUUGUACUGACUCUAUGGAGUUUGGUUUAGCUAAUGCUAUCCUGUUCAUUAUGUUCCUGUUUUGUUAUGUGGCUGGCAUGUAUCUGCUGACAGCCAUGAGCGUGGAGCGCUGCCUGGCUGCUUUGUUCCCAGUUUGGUACCGGUGCCACCGUUCAAAGCACUGCUCAGCAAUCAUGUGUGGGCUGCUCUGGACUCUCGCUGUACUCUUUGUUUCCUCAGUGUUUAUUCCUUAUGCUCUUGGUACAUGGAAUUACCAUAUCCUUUCUAUUUUCAGCAUUGUGAAUAUUGCCCUGUUUGCUUCCAUCCCAUUCCUUUCCAACCUGGUCCUGUUCAUCAAACUCCAAUGUGGCUCCAAGAGACGACACCCUGGCAAACUCUAUAUUGCUGUCCUGCUCAGUGUCCUCUUUCUGGUUGUCUUAGGGAUUCCUUUCAGUUUGGAGAUUUUAAAUUCUUUUUAUCAUCUACAAGAAUUUUAUUAUUCACGAGAACGUUUUGUAUCUUUUCUGCUGGCCUCACUGAACAGCUCCAUCAAUCCUCUCCUUUACUUCCUGGUGGGCAGCUGCCAGCACUGUCAGAUCCAGUGCUCCAUCAGAGUUGCUUUUCGAAGGCUGUUUGAAGAGGGAGCCACCAGUGAGGAGAGGAGGCAGGUGCCUGGGGAUGGUGUGAUGGAGACAAGUGUCUGA